CGGUUUUCUGAGAAGCCAAUCAAAACGCUCCUCGCAACAUACAACCAAUAGCGUGGGUUUAUACAAAAUUUAAGAAAACUCGCUGUACAAAAAUUGCAUUUGUUGACAAUUUUACAUUAAGUAAAGAAAGACUUCCAAUAUGGUAUCGUGUGAAGCAAUGCAAGCUAUGAAGAUGAUGGCAAUGGAUGAGAAGAAAAGGUCUAUCCUUGUCAAGGACACAACAUGCAUUGGUGGCCUGGUGCUGGUGUUGUCAAAUCCAGAUGAAAAUGUUGUCAAACUUGCUUUAGAGACAAUACAUCUCUUAGCUGAAACAGUUGAGAAUAGACCAUUAUUGAGAGGUUUUAUUGGUAUGAUGGAACAACUAGAGUCUCUCAUUGACAGAAAAGACUGCGGUGAAGUUGAAAGUUUGGCUAAAGAUGUAUACAUGAAGCUUAAGCAGGACACUCAAAUUACUCCUCUCAAAGACAGUUUCAACACUUCAGGAAAUGUAUCUAGAAGAAGCAGUAUGCAGAAGUUGUUACAGGGAGGGUACAAGAACUCUAAGAUCAUCAUAUUGCAGCUUAAAGGACUUCUCAAUAAGUGUGACAGAGAUGUUUGCAUGAGGUUGCUCCUUCAAGUAAAAGGUGUUAUAAGCAUCACAUUUGACAUGAACAAAAAAAGGUGUAUUGUGCGGUCAAAACUGGAUGUUCGUCCAGAGAGUUUGGUGAAGGCUAUCACAAAAACACAGUCUAUCUACGCACAGCAGGUUGUGAAAAAUGAUUCUGGAGAAGAGAUGUUUCUCUCAUUUGGUCACCACAGUGAUAAAUUUAACAAAGAGAAUGACUCGAAACUCCCUGAUUAUCUCCCUGACGAUGAAGAAUUACAGCCCGUAGAUGACAAAGCUUUAUCACGAAACAAACCAGACUCUACAUCUGGUGGCUGGCUGAGCUCCGCGGCUAAUUUCCUCGCUAACUCCUUCUAUUGGUGAUGUAA